AUGGCAGAGCAGCAAUCGCGGCAACGUCGCCGCAAAGUGACACUGGCAUGUGACCCUUGUCGGGAACGCAAGUCUCGUUGCGACGGGAUCAAGCCGAUCUGCUCCACAUGUCGACGUCGGGCGCUGGGGAUCGAACAGUGCGUCUACAGGGCUGGGAAUGCUCGUACAGAGUGCAGUGAUGAUUACACGAGAGCUCUGCACGAUCGUAUCCGCUAUCUGGAACGCCAGCUACGACAAGCUUCAGCACUGAACGCACCUAUUCCAAACCCUCUUCACGAUGGGGCCAACAAUAGACGAGCCUGGCCGGAGAGUACACCUGAUACGGACAGCCAGGUUGAGCUGGAUGCUCUCGUCAUGGGCAUAUCUCAUACCCAACUACUCACCCCACUGUCUACCACUGCAACGGAAAGUAUUGAGAAUUCCAGCCAUGCAAGACGCGUCACUGCCAUGGGUACCACCACGUCCGAAGAGGACAUUGGACAUCACCGUGACACACGCGAGGGCUUCUACGGAUCCUCUUCAGCCGCUUCAUUCUUAAAAGAGACUUGUGGCACUGCGAUACCCCCAUCAGCCCAUCAGUCAAUCCCUCCAGCUUGUUCUUCACAGCCCACAUGUCUUUUUGGUGAUGUUGACAAGUUUGCUCUUCCUCCACGCCGACUUGCAGAUCACCUUGUAGAGAGAUAUUUCGAGCGCAUAUACUGGAUAUACCCCGUGUUCGACAAGCAAGCUUUUGAGCAUGGCUACAACUCACUUUGGUCACCAAGUGGGCAGACUACAUGCACAGAAGAGUACCGUAACCUGGGCCUAGGCGAAGAUGCCACCACUGUUGCUUUCUUCUCUUCCCUGAAUGCCAUCUUUGCAUUGGGGUGCAUAUUCUCAAACCUUUCCACGGCAGCCAAGACGAAGGCUUAUGAAGUCUUCUUCAGUCGAGCCAAGGAUAAAGUUAACCUUGAGCUACUGGACAUAAACGAUCUGAGCGUUGUGCAAACUCUUGUGCUCGUUGCUCUAGUUCUACAAGGUACUUCGUUUCCAGAUCGCUGCUGGAAUACUACCGGAUUGGCUUGUCGAGUGGCGCAGGGUCUGGGACUGCAUAGUUUGCCGCCGUAUAACCAGCAAGAGUCGCGAGUACAGCGAAUUAGAAGACGGACAUGGCACGGCUGUAUUGUUCUGGAUACGCUGGUGAGCAUGACGUUCGGUCGGCCCACGAUGAUCACCAAUAUCUCAACACUUUCCCUACCAGAAAGGACUGUUUCCAAUCUUCAGAACACCGAGAAUUACGAAGGUGUCAAACUACAGUUCCAGAUUGAGAGUGUUCGUCUAAGUAUGAUCCUAGAUAGCAUGCUGUCAAAGGUGUACAGACCGUGGCAAUGUAAACUGCCUCACGACGAUCAGAGUGCUGUCUUUCACACAGAUAUCAGUAGUCAAAGCAUGGACGUCUUUGCCGAGCUACAAGGGAAGCUUCGGGUUUUCGAGCUUGGACUUCCAAAGUUUCUGUCCUGGCAUGAACCUAUAGCUACAGAGACAAUCCUCCCACAGGAAGCUACAAUUAUCGCGAUUCAGAGAAAUGUGCUACAGUCACGGUUUACUUAUCUACAAGUCAUGCUGUACCGCCCAAUCUUAAGUCAGCUCUUGGCUCUAAACACCUCACAAGAUGCCAGUGAUGACUUGCACUCAUCCUUCAAGCACGACGGCGCUAGAGCAUGCGUACGCUCUUCAAUACAGCUCAUCAACUUAGUUCACGAGACCUUUCGCACAGAGACUGCCGAGGCAUGGUGGUGGAACAGCUUAUAUGCUUGCACCGCCAGCCUGGUGCUUAUGACGUGCCGUCUCUGUCCCUCCCUAUGGGCCACCCUGGAUCAAUCUAACGUGAUUGAGGCAUCAAAUAAAUGCCACUCAGUCCUAGAGGUCAUCUCUUCGUUCAGCCUGUCCAUUCGCAAGUCCUUCGAUCUACUUACCAAAAUGCACCAAACCAUCACAGGGAGGCAACAAGUGGAAGACGAAUCGACUGCAUACUCUCAGGAACACCAGAGGCAUGGGCUACUAGAUACACUCUUAGAAGGUGAUUUGUCUCUACAGAACGCUUUGACAACAUGUUUCCCCCUUGAUCCUGAUGCGAUAGUCUUUCCGUAUUGGGAGGCAGCAAACUAG